CAUCAUGUCACCUGUUGUGGUUGAGUGCAUAAAACUCCAAGUAUCUGAAGAAAGUGACACAGUGUGCUGCUCAUUGGACCAAGAGCCUUGGCUGCCACUGCCUUUGGCUAUGAACCUCUUCCUGCUCAUUGCAAUUCUGCUGUUCAAGAACCCCACAGAAACGGAACAGAAACCAAAGAAAUGCUGGGAUGAAUAUGUCCAGGGAUACUGCAGGAAGAUCUGCAAGGUGACUGAGAUACGUGAGGUCCUCUGCGAAAACGGCAGAUACUGUUGCCUGAAUAUUAAGGAUGUGAAAGCGCGGAAGAUAAUCACAAUGCCACCCAGACCAAAGCCCAGAACCCCCUCAUUUACUAUUUCUCAAGACGAAUACCCAAUAGAGGAAAACUCUCCCAUUCCCAGUACAAAUUCUACAUAAAGCAAGUGCAACA